AUGGCUUCGGACAUGGCGGUAUCAAAGCUUGAUAUUUCGAAAAAUCUUCUACAAAUGAAUUUCAUGAGGCGGACUCUUAUUGCACUGGAGAAGCUUGAAAAACCGGCUAAACAGGAAGAACUGCCCUCCAUGACAGAGUUUCAGUUCCCGAUGCCACAGCCUGUUGUGGACGUCCUACGUCGACGGUUAGAGGUCGUAUCAAGACGACCGGUAGUGCGACAUGUGCCUGGUCGCAUAGGCGUUGCGAAUUUCGGACUGCGUGCCAGUUACGGAGGUUUCAAUUUGUAUCUCUCAGCGGAAUCGAAUGCAACUUUAAAAGCCCCAGGAACUGAAGUGGAUCAGAAAGUAAACGUUGGAAUCCGACAGAAAUUCACUAAACGACGUUCAUCCUCCAACCGCAAAAGAAGGUCUCACGGUGGGUUGUAUCGGUCCCAAUCCAACCUCCAAUUUGUUCUCCUUUUCAGAUGGAUAUUCCUCCGUACCGGUCAAGAGACUCACUAG